GCUCGUCAUAUCCGUCAUAUGCUCUUUCAGGAAGUUAUCCAUUGAACACAUUACACACAUACUUUAUAUCCCCGCGGCAUCUGUCUGCUUCACAUAAGCUCUGCCGAAGAUCGUUCCCAUAACUAAUAACAAGAAUGGAACUUACUACAUCAAUGACAGAGUCGUGCACUUUGGAGCAGAGCUGAGAGUCUGUUCAACGUGAAGUUCGGCGAGAUGCGGCUCUACGGGCUACUGCUACUUUCUCUCACCUUCUGGAAGUCUCAUUCAGUGUUUAAAAUACCUUUAAACAUAUUUGCGGGGAAAUUCAACGCGUCUGUGCAGCUGGACCUCAGGCCUUUGCAAAAGAAUGAAGCCGCUGCUAAAAGUGGACUGUCCCUGGCGUCAGAUCCAGCGGGGAUUGUUAACUUUCUAGACAUGAUUAAUAAUUUAAAAGGGGACUCUGGUAGGGGAUAUUACAUGCAGAUGAUCAUUGGGACUCCAGGACAAACGCUAAACAUCCUGGUGGAUACUGGAAGCAGCAACUUUGCUGUAGCUGCAGCAGCACAUCCCUACAUCACACAUUACUUUAACAGAGCACUUUCCAGUACAUAUCAGAGCACCGAGAGGGCAGUUGCAGUAAAAUACACACAGGGCGAAUGGGAAGGGGAACUGGGAACGGACCUCAUCACCAUUCCCGAAGGGCCCAGUGGUGCCAUCACCAUCAACAUUGCCGCAAUCCUCACCUCAGAAGGCUUCUUUUUGCCUGGAAUCAAUUGGCAGGGGAUUCUUGGACUUGCAUAUCCUCUACUGGCUCGGCCAGACCCAUCAGUGGAGCCAUUCUUCAACUCUGUGGUGCGGCAGACUGGCAUUCCAGAUGUCUUUUCUCUCCAGAUGUGUGGAGCAGGAGUUCCUGCCAGCACUACAGGUGACCCAGCGGGCGGCAGCCUGAUCAUGGGAGGAGUAGAGCCAACUUUGCACCGCGGUCCAAUUUGGUACACACCAGUCCUGGAAGAGUGGUACUAUCAAGUGGAAGUCCUCAAGCUUGAAGUUGGAGACCAAAAUUUAAAUCUAGACUGCAAAGAGUACAACUCGGAUAAAGCCAUUGUGGAUAGUGGGACGACUCUUCUGCGACUUCCUGCAAAUGUGUUCACUGCUGUAGUGGACACCAUUAUGCAAACAUCCCUGAUUGAUGACUUCUCUGCUGGAUUCUUUGAUGGCACCAAGCUCGCAUGUUGGAUGAGAGGAGAGUCACCAUGGAGGUUUUUUCCAAAAGUCUCAAUCUACCUCAGAGGAACGAACACCAGCCAGUCCUUCAGAAUCACUAUUCUCCCACAGCUUUACAUCCAGCCAGUCACAGAUAUUGACGGCACGUUGGACUGUUUUCGUUUUGGAAUCUCCCCAUCAGCAAAUGGCUUAGUCAUUGGAGCCACUGUGAUGGAGGGCUUCUAUGUCAUCUUUGACCGAGCACAAAAGAGAGUGGGCUUCGCUGUCAGCACCUGUGCAGAAAAUGGCGGAGUACCGUUUGCAGAGAUCGCCGGGCCUUUCCUAGCAGAGGGCGUAGCAUCAGACUGCACUAGUGGCAUGACUCUUCGGGAGCCGGUCAUGUGGGUGAUCGCAUACACUCUGAUGGGCGUCUGUGCUGUGGUUCUCAUCAUACUUCUCGUCUUGCUCAUACUGCCCUGCCGACGACACAGAGAUGACGAGAUUACAGACGAGUCCUCCUUGGUGCGCCAUCGCAUCAAGUGACGUCAGGCAUUUAUCGAAGAUGAGGAUGCACCAUCUCAGCAAAACGAGGCUGAAGAGAACUCAGGGCAGGUAACAGGGGUGAACAUACUACAAUGAGCUUUCCCCAGAUGCUCUAUUCCUGAUUUGUGGGAGAUUUAUGGUUGACUGAACUUGAGACAAAGUGGACAAAAUACUUAAAGAUGAAGGAGACACGAUUUUACGUUCCAUUAUAUGUUCGAUUCAUUAAUAACCGUGCCAAAAUAUGAGUAUCAAUCUCACAUUUAAAAGGAGUAUAUGAUGAUUUUGAUGCUCCAGUGUUUCUCCAAAGUGUGCUGCUGUUUUUAUUAGUAAUCCUCAAUGUAAUUGUGUUAAUAAAGCUACUGAAAAUCAGCAAUGGUC